AUGCAGAUGGUGCUGGAGGAACGGGACCUAUGGGAGGUCGUCAGCGGUGAGAUCAAGGCGGAACAGUGCGAGACUCAGUUGGACCAAGCGACAUACAAGAGGAAGUCAAGAAAGGCGAUGGCAGUGAUCUGUCUAGCCAUGGAAGAUUCCCAGCUACCGUUGGUCCGGUCGGCAAGUGGUGCAUGCGACGCAUGGUCAAGGUUGGAAGACCGCUUCGAGAAGAAGAGUCUUGCCAACAAGCUGUUCUUGCGCCGUCGCUUCUUCACGACAAUGAUGGAAGAAGGCGACGAUGUGCUCGAACACAUCAACAAGCUCAAGACGCUGGCGGAACAGCUAGAAGCGGUGGGGGCUCCAGUCUGCGAGGACGAUCUGGUGAUCACACUCCUCGGCAGCCUGAGUGACUCGUAUCAAUUCUUGAUCACAGCUUUGGAGUCGCGCUCAGACACUCUUAGCUGGGAGCUCGUGACGUCUCGACUGCUUCAUGAAGAAAUGAAGCGGAAGGAGCAAGGAAGUAAAGGUGAUGAAGCUUCGCAAGGUCAAGCGUUCAUCACAAGGGGACAAUCAGCGCAAAGGGCGACCAGUGAAGAAGUCCUGGCCGUGCCACAAUUGCGGAAAGAUUGGUCACUGGAUGGCGGACGUGCUCAAGACAGCGGCGACCGCUAUCGAUCACAACGUGCAAACGUCGCUCAAGAAGAAGACUCGGGCGACUACCUCUUUUCGAUCGGUGAAACGACAUCUGCGAAAUCGAGCGACAUCUGGCUGGUCGACUCCGGGGCGACGCAGCACAUGACGUGCUCCAAGAAGUUCAUGCGGAACUACAAGGGGUUUGACGCUGUGGAUGUCCAUCUCGCGGAUGAUGGAAUCGUCCAAGCAAUCGGCAGUGGGGACAUUGUCAUGUCGAUGAAGACACCCCAAGGGAUGAAGAAAGGUGUGCUCACAAACGUGUGGCACAUCCCAAAGUUAUCCAGAAACCUGUUCUCGGUCGGCCGCUUCACCAAGGAUGUCGGCCCAGUGACGUUCACGAAGGAUGGGUGCUAUGGAGAAGCGAAAGGGACCAAGUGGAAAAUUGGUGCCCGUGAAGGUAAAGGACUGUUCAAGCUGCAAAUGACUCCAGUGGCGCCGGAACAAGCAAAUGCAGCCAAGUCGUCGGGAUGUCAAGGGGGCACCAAGUCGUACCUCUGGCACCUUCGGCUUGGCCACAUAGGUCACGAUGGACUCAAUUGCAUUGUGACGAAGAACAUUGGAAUUGGCAUCGACAUAUCUUCGGUGAAGAAGUGGGACGUGUGUGAAGGUUGUGCUCUGGGAAAACAGACUCGAGUGCGCUUCCAAUCAAACACUACAGCUCGCACCUCCAAACUCCUCGAAGUGAUUCACAGCGACGUAUGCGGACCGAUGUCGAUGGCAACUUUCAGUGGAAAACGGUACUUCGUGACAUUCAUUGAUGACAAGUCAAGAUACUGUGUCGUCUAUCUGCUCAAGAGCAAAUCUGAAGUUGCGGCGAAGUUCAUGGAAUACGCUGCGAUGGCCGAAACGCAAACCGGAAAGCGCGUGAAGUACCUUCAAAGCGACAAUGGGGGUGAAUACAAGUCCGACAAGCUGGCACGAUUCUGCGCGGAACGGGGAAUACAACAAAGGUUCACAACCCCAUAUACUCCUCAGCUAAACGGAGUAGCUGAGAGAAUGAAUCGCACGCUGGUCGAGUGUGCGCGUUGCAUGAUGGAACACGCUGGACUGGGAAAGAGCUACUGGGGUGAAGCAGUGAUGACGGCGAUGUUUCUUCGAAACCGCUGUCCAACACGUGCCAUUCACCAAGACAAGUCUCCAUAUCAAGUGUGGACGAUGAAUAAACCGAUUCUGGCCAACCUUAAAGUGUUUGGAUGCCACGCGUAUGUUCAAGUGCCUCAAGACAAACGCGCGAAGUUCGACUCCAAGUCAUCACUCUGUCGUUUCCUGGGAUACGCCGAACACCAGAAGUCAUAUCGAUUUGAGGAAGUGUCAACAGGAGCGAUCAAGAUCAGUCGCGAUGCCACAUUCAUGGAAGACAAGUUUGAUGAAGGUCCGCGCAACUACAACGAUGAGUCAAGUGUCGUUGAGUUUGAUGAUCAUGAUGAGGACGAAGAAAAAGAAGAAGGUAAAACUGACGACGAAAUGGACUCGAGCGACGAUGACAACGAAGACACCAGGUCUUCGAAGAGCAACAUCAAGAGACACACGCGCACUCAAUCACUUGAGAAAGCUACCGUCAUUCCAAGUCCCAAGCGAAGAACAUACAGAGGUCCGUCGCUUGAGCCUGUGUCAGCGGCUGCAAUGGAUUUUGAAGCAGCCUACAUCGUUGAUUCAGUGGGGGAAACGCCGACUACAUUCAAGUCGGCGAUGGAAUCAAGCGACUCCGGCAAGUGGAAAGAAGCGUGUGACUCGGAGUUCGAUUCGCUUCAGAGAAACGACACGUGGGAAAUCGUGCCUCUUCCGAAAGGUCGCAAGGCCAUCGGGUGCCGAUGGGUUUUCGUGUAA